AUGACCAAGCCAAAUGUUCUUGUUGUUGGAUCUGGCGGUGUCGGAUCUAUUGCUGCACUUGCUCUCACCUUAAAUAAUAAGUGCAAUGUGACGCUUGUCGUGAGGUCCCUCUUUGGGAAAGCCUCUACAGAAGGUUUCGAGAUCAAAUCGGUAACGUAUGGAGAAAUGCACAAUUGGAAGCCUGAUCACAUCAGCAGAACGGUAGAGGAAGCUGUUUCAGAAAAUGGCCCAUUUGACUACAUCGUUGUGACAACCAAGAACAUUCCUGAUGGACCGCUGCCCUGCGAAGAGAUUAUCAGACCUGCUGUGGUCGACGGGUUUAAUACCAUUGUGCUUAUCCAGAAUGGUAUAGGCAUCGAGGGGCCCAUGAUUGAAGCAUACCCCAACAACGUUGUACUUUCGGGUAUUUCAAUGAUUGGCUCUACCAACAUCAAUUGCGUUGUGAAUAAUCUGCACAAGGAUACUAUUAAGCUCAGCCCGUUCCAUAAUCCUAAUGUUUCAGAUGAAACAACAAUGGAGAAGGUCAAAGAGUUUGCCAGCUUGUAUCAGAACAAGAGCGAGGACGUCAAUAAAGUCAUCAUUGAAGAAAGUGCCUUAAAGUCGAGGUGGGAAAAACUAGUUUACAAUAUGGUCUUGAACACCACAUGUACUGUAGCUGGCUUAGAUGUGAACAGAUGUCAAAUAGCGGGUGCUAAUGAGAACAUAUUCAAGCCUGCUAUGAAUGAGGUGUUAGCCAUUGCUGCUAGUGAAGGCAUAGAUCUUCCUUCACUGACAAGUGAUUACUUCAUACACAUCGGAGAUGGGCUAUUCUAUUCACCAUCUAUGUUGGUGGAUUCUAGAAAGAAACAGCUCUUUGAACUAGAGGUUAUCUUAGGCAAUCCUUUGAGAACUGCUGCUAAAAACGGAGUUCCUACACCUGUUCUUUCUACCUUGUAUGGUUUAUUGAAGAUGAUUCAACUCAGGAUCAAGGAGGAGACUGGCGUCGUGAACAUUGAUGAGAAAGAUUAUCAAGGUCAUAACAGUGAUGACUAUCCUAAAGUAUUUCUUGAAAAGCAACUGAAACAUGCGUAA